AUCUAUAGUGACAAACCGCCCAUCCAGUCGACCAAAAGUGAACCUCAGGGCAUAUACACCCCAGUACCCUCACAAUGGCUGCUGAAGGCAAGAACGCCCUUAUCCCUCCGAAGCGGGCUAAUACCGACUACCCGCUCAUUGACUCUGAUCCGCACCUUAGAAGAGUUUUCGGAUAUGCUAGACCUUCUGAUUAUGCAAUGGCUGGGGGUAUGGCCGCUGCCUCCCCUCUCGCAUUCUGGGCUAUGGAGAGGGUCAGCCCUUCCCAUGUGGGCCGAGGAGGCUUUGCUCCUGUCAUGCGACUGGCAACAGCAAUUGGUUUGAUUGGCGGUCUACACAUACUUUACCAGAGAUCUUGCAACCGUUUCUACGGAUUCACGGAAAAUGCCCGAGAGGUCGAAAUGGACAUGAGGGAAAUGGUCGACAAAGUCAAAAAGGGCGAGCCGCUAUACGGUACAUCACAAGUAUCCUCUUAUCUACAAGGCGUUGCGGCCAGGAAUUCGCGGUACUCGCAGCUUUUUAUUCAUGUCCUUCCUUGGUUUAACAUUGUCAAUCACGACCAGCAUGGUGUUGACACAGCAAAAUAUUAUCAGCAAGCUGAGCGUGAACUAGAAGCCGAGCGCUUGACGACAGCCGGCUCUCCCUGAGUCUUUGUGCUUGUAGAAUGUUGUCGAAUGUUGUCAGUCCUCGACACUGAACAUGUUUUGUGUAUCCUUUGUAUCCUGUUGUUCUUCCCAUGUACUCGAAAUACAGCUACAUGAACAAUCUGCCUUCAGCAAUAUGGUUACGAAGUAGCAAGUUCGGCGACGACUGCAUACCACCAUUUCCGCCUAAGAGGCAAGACUCAGAGCGUUAUCCUCUUCGGACAUCGUCUUGAGUUCUCGAUUCUUUUUUGGCCGUGGUU